UGCCGCCAUUGUGUGCUGAUUGCAAAUGCUCGAUGAUCGAUGAAUACGAAGAUCAGACGCGGCUAGAACUGUGAACAGGGUGUGUUUGCCUGAACUGAGAGUACGAGAGGAGAGGGACAAAUGUCAGGCUUUAAACUAGGCAUCGUACGGCUGGGCAGAGCCGCCGGAAAGAUUAAAUAUGCUCUUCUAGAUGAGAGAGACAUUGGGUUGGUGGAAAGAUAUGCAUUUGAAGCUCAAGUUGUAGUCGACAAAGAUGGGAAUGGUGCUAAGAUUUACGCCUAUGCCUACGACAUAAAUAGAGGGCGCUGUGCUGGGAUGUUUGUCCAGGAUUUACUGUGGGAGUUACACUGUGGAGGUAUAGCACCAGGAUAUAAAGUCAUCCACAGGAAUGGUGUCACGGUGGACAAUAGGAUGGAGAACCUGACGCUAGUCCCAAUCAACUGCAAGUCUCCGGCCAUUGAGGAACCUUCCACGAAGACCAACAGAGAGCAGAGUUUGUACUGGGUAGCCAUACAGCAGCUGCCAGCUGACCCUAUAGAUGAGAAUUACCCAGAAUCAUUGUAUCACAGGUUUUAUAAUGCCAAUGGAGACCAGAUUGAGGAGGAAGAUGACAGCAGCAUGUAUUACGAGUGCCAUUACCCCCCCUGUACAAAUAUAGAGAAAGAACUGAGAGAGUUCAGUAUAUGUGGCAGGUGCCAGGAAGUCAGAUACUGUGGGACAUACUGUCAACAAAAAGACUGGCCUAGUCAUAAAAGACACUGCAGAGAGAGGCGAAGGUUUACUAUCAUACGCUCUAUGUCUCCAGAAAGAUGAAAUAACAUCAGACUCUCAUAUAAGCCAAUCAAACAGCAUUACCUAGUCACGUGUUACAGUACUAUAGGUGGCAGUAGAGUAAAAAAAGAAAUGCAAGAGGCGCUUUAUUCAAAGCUGAAGAUUAUAAAAAUGAUACCAAAGUUACAAAAGGCAGCUGCCUCUAGGAUGUCAUCCAGUUAACAAUGGUGCUGAAGACUUCAGUGAAACAGCUGUCCCCUGUGUGAAUACAGACACACAGAGACUGAGUUCAUAGACGGACAUGAGUUCAUAGAUUUACAUGCAAUUAUAUUGUCAUUUGCCAGCAGAUAUUUCUCUGUGUGUCUGGACAGAAGAUCUCAAGCUGCCAAAGACUUGUGUACUCAAUGGAUUUUGUCUUUGGGGCAGUGAGAUUAGAUGAGACAUUAUGUUUACUUUUCCUGUCGUAGCAUCUUUGUAUUGUUGAUUUGUGCCUCCUGUUGUCCUAGUGUGCUGCUUAUCAUCACUACAGUUCCAGAUGGUCUCCCACCUCAUCAUGUCACUAUGGAGGAUAUUACUCUGACACUAAAUACUGAACAGUUGUAAUGGCAACUCUGUGGAAUAUACCACUUCACACUUUUUACUUGAUAUUUAUAAAGGUAACUCAGCUAUAU